AUGACUCGGAAACAAAUUGUGGAAAAACUUCAUGUUCCGGCAAGGCCUUUGCUCGGCGAUGGAGCCAAGAUUGAUCAGAGAAGACAACAUGGUCUUGUAAGGCACAAAAUCAACAAUUCCACCGUUUCAUCAUCAUCAGCUUCAAGCUCUCGUCUUCUACCGACGUUCUCUACUAAGAACCAAGUCCCUGCAUCAACUCGGUCAGUCCAAUGCCGUCAUCGAUAUGGAUACGCGGCGCCUAGGGCCGUGGAGGUAUUGAUAAAGAGGGCACUAACGCCGCCGAAACGCCGCUUUACGCUUCGGUGGUGGAGUUUUAGGCCGACCCUUAGUCGGCUCUCCAACAUGUCCACGGCUUAA